AUGCUCUGGCCAUCGCAGAGUAUAAUCAACGGUGCCCUAUCUGCUGCAUCGAGCAGGUUGGAUAGGGAUUUGGAAGCUGCUGCUCAAGCCUUCCCAUCUUCCUAUUCACCCUUAUGGCCCCGUUCCGACCACUUUUAUCCCCCAUUUUCAAUCCCCCAAUUGUUGACCCUCCCCUACCUUGCUUUGAUAGGCUUUUACCUCUUAAUUUCAACUCACAUGCGAACGCAGAGCGUCACUCCUCUCCUGUCGACAAACCCAUGUCCAACCAAGCGGUCCACCCCAGUUCAUCGGCUUCCAUGUGGAGCCCUCGAUCUCCCUUCAGAUUAG